AUAAGUGAAAGUUACGUAUAAUUGUUGUUCAUUAUUGCAUAUUAAAUCGAAAGAUGGGUAUUACUGGUUUAUUACCGUUUUUGGAAAAAGCUUCAAAAAAAAUAAAUGUUGCACAAUUUUCCGGUGGUGUUGUUGCUAUUGAUUCUUAUUGUUGGUUGCAUAAAAGUGUGUUUUGUUGUGCUGAACAAUUGUCAAUGGGACAACCGACAGAUGCAUAUGUUCGUUAUUGUAUGAAAUUUAUAUAUAUGCUAUUAUCUUAUAAAAUAACGCCAAUUCUUGUAUUUGAUGGGAAACAUUUGCCUGCUAAGGCAGAAACUGAAGCAAAACGAAGAGAAAAUAGACAGACAAACCGUCGUAAAGCUAAUGAAUUAAUACAAAUGGGACAACAUGCAGAGGCAAAAAAUUUAAUAAAGAGGUCUAUAGAUGUUACACAUGAAAUGGCUCUAAAAUUAAUUAAAGAAUGUCAAAAAAUGAAUAUAGAUUGUAUUGUAGCACCAUAUGAAGCAGAUGCGCAAUUAGCAUAUCUUAAUAUCAACAGAAUUGUUGAUGUUGUUAUCACUGAAGAUAGUGAUUUAAUAUUGUUUGGUUGUAAAAAGAUAUUGUUUAAAAUGGAUGUGAAUGGUAAUGGUCUUUUAAUUGAUCAAGAACAAUUACAUCUUGCAAUGGAUGUACAUUCUGAACAUUUUAGUAUGGAUAAGUUUCUUUAUAUGUGUAUUUUAUCAGGCUGUGAUUAUUUACCAUCUCUUCCUGGUAUUGGAUUAAAUAAAGCAAAAAAAUUUAUAAGUAGAAAUACAGACUGUGAUAUAUAUAGAGCUUUAACUCGAUUAGGAUCUUAUUUAAAUAUGAAAUCUUUAGUUGUUUCAAAUAAGUAUCGAGAUUCAUUUAUAUUGGCAGUUAUAACUUUUAAACAUCAAUUAGUAUUUUGUCCUUUAAAAAGAAAACAAGUUCGUUUAAAUCCACCCAUGCCUGAUAUAACAAAUGAACAAUUAUAUUAUGCUGGUACAGAAACAGAUCCAGAUACUGCAUUACAACUUGCACUUGGAAAUUUUGAUCCUUUUACUUUAAAAAAACUCCAUAAUUUUGAUCCUGAUAAUAUAAAGGAUCAAGUUAAUAAACAUAACAUAUGGACACAAAAAUCGAAAUUGCCUCAACGUAAUAGUAUUUGGUCAACAGAAUAUAAAUUAAAUCAAAAUCAAAUGCAAAAGUCUUCUCAACAAAAGAAUCUUAUGGAUUGGUAUAAUACUGUUGAUCAAAAAGCAAUUCUUCAUACAAGUUGCUUAAAAAAAUCUUUUUUAGUGGAACAACAGGAUAAUUUUGAAUAUGAACAAUUAAACAAAGAAGAAAUUUUGAAUAUGUAUGAAUCUGAAAAUAUGAUAGAUGUUGAAAAUAAUUCAGAAGCAAAUACUCUUGUUCCUAACGAAGAUAAAACAUCUCCGAUUUUAGUUAAAAGAAUAAAUCCAUUUUCGAAAUCAUCUAACAAUAAAACCUCUCCAAGUCUUUUGUUUAAGAAUAAAAGUCGAAUAAAGGGAAGAAAUAUAAUGCGUGUUAGAAAAACAAUUAUAAAUGAAGAAAUUAUUACAGAGAGUAAAUUUUUUGCUAAAGCUAUUGACGAAACUAAUGAUAUUAGAGAUAAUAAUGAUAUAUAUUUAUUUACAAGCUCAAAUAAAAUUUUAUCAGAAAAAGAAAAUGUAAAAUUAAAUGAAGACAAUCAAACGAGCAAUAUUAAUUUACAAAUUUUAACGACAAAUGACGAAAUAGAAACAAAUUCAUAUCUUAUGGAUAUUGAUGAAGAGGAUAAUAUAUCAUUUGUAUCAAAUGAAUGUAAAGAUAUUAAAAAUUCAAAUAUUUUUUCUAAUUGUGAUUUGGGGAAAUUACAUUUAGAUGUUUCAAUGAAUAGAAAUAUAGAAAAUAGUAAUAUAAAUAAUCCAAGUACUUCAUCAGAAUUUAAUUUCGAAGAUUCCGAAUUUUUAAUUCCACAAGAUACUAUAGAUAACUCGAAUUGUAGUUCAUUUAAAUGGUCUGACACAAAAGAAAUGAAUAAUAAAACAAAACAAAAUAAAAAUAAACGCUCUUCUAAUUCUAAACCUAUAAAUACUAAAUUAAAUACGACAAGCAGUGCACGUCGAAGUCAACAAUUGCAUUCAGUACAUAGACAACAAAGUUUGUUAAGCAUGUAUGGUUUUGAAAAAAAAAAAUCAUAUUCUGCUGCAUAUAAAAGUUGUGAAUAAAAAUUGCGUGUAUAUUGUGCUAUAAUUUUUUAAUAAUAAUAAAAUAUUUGUAAAAAUAAUAUAAAAAAGAAAAUAUGUACAAGACUGA